AAUGCCUCAAACAUCGGACGAUUUAAUUUCUGAGGAGACAAAAAACAAACUGUUAAAUCUGCUAGACUUGCACAUAAAAAAGUCGGGAUUCCACGAUAAAAUUGUUCAAAAAAUGGAAGCAUUGGAGGUAAACGAGAACGUCAAUAUUGAAGCGCUAUACAAAGAGAUAUAUGAUUUUAUGACGGCUAACAUGCCCGAGGAGGUGCAAGAUGCUUUUUUUGAAGAUGUGCGAAGGAUAAUGGGUAAUGAACGAAAACAUGAUAUGUUAUAAUAAACAUGUUUGCUACGUUUAUUGCCAGUGCCAUAGCAGUGGAGCGUGCAGAAUUUUGCAUGGUAGCGGAACAUCCCCAAUAAAUC